UUCUGCUGCAGCAUACUAUCUAUAGUACUAUGCAAUUACACACACACAGCGCUGCAAUGUAACAGAACCAAAACAUACUGCAGGCUCCUCCCACUGAUCACAUGGAGGUGACGUCAUGAAAGGUCCUUCAGUUGCUCUGGCUCCUUCCUGUCAUCCAUGAAUGAAGUCAAGUGACUGUGUGUUAGGAGAAGACGCUCCGGUGUGCGGUGUGUGGAGUCUUCAGGUGUUGAACCAUGGAGAGCCGACGCUGGGACCCCGCAAUUGUGUUACCUGUGUGCAUCACAUGCGUUCUUGUAUGCUCUGUGACCCUGGAAAUGUUUUACCUAAUCCUUACCACGACAGGGAGUGCGCAGUUACCGCUUCUAGGGGUUACAUUGUACCUCUUGGUUAAUGUAGUGGGGAAUAUGAUGAAGUUUGUCCAGAGUAAUUCUACUAUUAAAGGUGUCUUCUUGCAGCAUGGGAGCCUAGGCCAAGGCUGGGUGUAUUGCUAUGGCUGCCAAUCCCACGUUCCCCCCAGAUGCCUUCAUUGCUAUAACUGUAAUGUGUGUGUACUUCGGCGUGACCACCAUUGCACCUUACUCGGAAAGUGUGUCGGCUACUCAAACUAUCGCUACUUUUUUUGUGCAUUACUUCAUGGGUUACUUGCACUGCUUCUUGCCACCAUUCUCAAUGCAGAAAUUUUCAUGGAUUUGCUUCAUCAAGGCUUCAGCUUCCACAGUUUCUUUCUGCUUAUUAUGCCUUGGAUGAUGUUUAUUACAGGACAAGUCUCUGGCUCAGCCUUCAUGUUUGCCUUUGCUGCAGAUACCUGUGUAGUAGGCUUCCUAUUUUGCCUCGCUUUCCUCAUUCUGCAUUGUUUCAUUCUUUACCGUGGAUCGACAACCAAGGAGUGGUUUAGUGGGCAUAAAAGAGAUUAUGACCAUGGAUGGAAGAAAAACGCCAGAAACUUUCUUGGAGAAAGAUGGUACCUUGUUUGGCUGUCACCAUGGAUUCAGUCAAGAUUGACUGGAGAUGGAAUUAACUUUGAGCCUAGAGAUCUAUCUUCAGCUGUGUCGUCCAAAAAUGUGACACAAUAGCCAGCCGGAACUCUCAUUCACCUCCACUGUGAUGUACAAUCCUAGAAGAACAUGGACUAGAAGACAUGGAAUAGAAUAAAUCUGGUUGGCAGAUUGCCUUGAAAUCUACAUAGUUCUAAAUUAGGGAUGUAAACUAGAAGUUGCCUAGUGAAUUUUAACCAUUUAAGGUAAAAUACAAAAAAAAAAAAAAAAAAAAAAGAAAAAGUAUCGCUCACCUCUUCUGUGCUUGUGGGAAAAACAAUCCUCUUCAACCGUGGAUAGCAAAGUCCAAAUGCAAGGUCCACAGCACCAGUCAGUUAAGUUUCCUUUAUUCAUUUCCAUUAAAA